CUUGUUCCCGACUUCAACGCAUCUCUGCCUUCCAACACAUUUCCGUUCUAUUCUUCUUAUUCUUUUUGUUCAUUACCUCAAACAUUGAGCAAGAUCAUCCAAGGUCCCCAAUCCGUCCAGCUGCAGAUCGCCUUUUGAUCCAUCCCGGACUAGACUUCCCGCCCAGUCUGGUCGCCAAGUGCUAAUCCACUAGAGGGGAUUCAUCAUGCAUAUCUUGGUGGUCAAUGACGAUGGCCCUCCCUCCAACCGACUCUCCCCCUACAUCCGUCCCUUCGUCCACGCCCUCCAAUCCGCCGGCCAUCAAGUCUCCGUCGCCAUCCCCGCCGCCUCACGCUCCUGGAUCGGCAAAGCCCACCUGAUCGAAGCCUCCCUCACAGCCACCUACGUGCCCGAGUCCGCCUUUCGCGACGACGGCUCCUGGGAUCCUGCCGCCCCCGCCGGCCCCCCCCACGCCCAAUGGGUCGUCAUUGCCAACGGCACCCCAGCCAGCUGCGUCCAGCUCGGCCUCUUCAACCUCUUCGCCGAUCGCGGUCCCAUCGACCUCGUCAUUUCCGGCCCCAAUCACGGUCGCAAUGCCUCCACCGUCUAUAACCUCUCCUCCGGCACCGUCGGCGGCGCCCUCGAGGCCGCUACCUGCGCCCACCGCGCCAUCGCCAUCUCCUUCGGCAGCAAGGAUCCUCAACCCGCCCCCGUGAUCGACGCCGCCGCCCGCCUCGCCUCCCGUCUCGUCUCCCACCUCGCCCGGACAUGGGAUCCCCGCGUCGAGCUCUACAAUCUGAACGUGCCUAUGCGCGCUGACGUCGAGUCGCGACCUGUGCGCUAUACCCGCGCCUUGCCCUACCACUGGACGCACGGCUGUCUGUACGCGGAGACACAGUCCAACGGAACCUCCUCAAUUCAGAAAUCUAGCGAAACCAACGGGGAAGCACAGCCCACCAUCAACGGCGUCUCUCACCACGACCGCCAUCCCAGCGACGACACCGCAAAUCCCCUCCAACAACGCACCUUUACCUGGGCCGCCGAGCUCUCGGGCAUGAAAAAGGCACUGCAGGCGAGUCCGGAGGGAACGGAUGCGCAGACCGUCUUGAGCGGUGAUACUAGUAUCACAGCCCUCUGCGCCAACUUCUGGCACGUACCCGGCCUCGAAGGGGAUCUCGUCCUUGAUGAUGUUCCUAAUCCUCAAUGAGUUAUGACACUUGAUGGUUCGUAGGCUGGAAAAAGCAAAAAUUAGGGAAGAAGAAAAUAGGAAGAGAGAUGAGACGAGAAAGGGGGUUUUAUAGAGAUAGAUACCCGCAAUGGUUAAU